AUGUCUCAAAACGGUAUUGCAACACUAUUGAAGGCCGAAAAAGAGGCUCACGAGAUUGUGGCCAAGGCCAGACAGCAUAGACAAGAGCUUUUGAAGCAGGCUAAAAGUGAUGCAGCAGCAGAAAUUACCGAGUACAAAUCCAAAAAAGAACAGGAAUUGAAGAAAUUCGAGGCUUCUAACGAAGGUGGUGUAGAGGGUUUGGAGAAGGAGGCCGAAAAUUCAGUACAGACCGAAUUGAAAGAAAUCAAAGAAUUGGCCUCUAAGAAGGAGGAUGAUGUGGUGAAAUUGUUGAUCAAGGCCGUCACUACUCCUACUGGUGAAAUGCACGUCAACGCCGCCUAA